ACGAAAGGGAGCGAUCGAGUCAGCAGCGGAGCCGAAGUAGUAGGCAUCGUUGAAGAGUCUUGCUGCUGUCCAGACUCUGUUAGCAGGACUUCAGAGCCGCUCGAGCUGUCGCGGACUCCACAUUCCACCAGCAAAAGCUCUUUUGUGCGUGCCUAUUGGAAGCAUCUCUGUUUCUCGGCUGGUGCCCCGAGGCGAACCCUCAUACCACACAUAUACACUCUCCCACCCAAUCCACACGUCACACCAUCCACGACACACAUUGCUACACAUUCACACCGGUCGAGUCACCCUAACCACCCGCAAACAUGUCUGACGACGAGGAGCAAUACUCGGGUAGGGCGUCCCAAAAGGAGUCUGAGAAUCCCGAGUUUAUGAAGAGGCAGGAACAGAAGAGAAGCGACCUAGACGAACAGCUGAAGGAAUACAUUGCAGAAUGGCGAAAGCAAAGAGCCAAGGAGGAGGAGGAACUGAAGAGAUUGAAGGAGAAGCAAGCGAAGCGCAAGAUCACCCGCGCGGACGAGGAGAAGAGAUUGGCUCAGAAAAAGAAGGAAGAGGAGGAACGUCGCCAACGUGAAAUCGAGGAGAAGAAACAACGUGAUAUUGAAGAAAAAAGAAAGCGUCUGGAAGAAUCGGAAAAGAAACGUCAGGCUAUGAUGCAGGCGAUGAAGGAUCAAAGCAAGAAGGGCCCCAACUUUACCAUCACCAGGAAAGAUCUGGCAGGUAACCUUACGUCGGCGCAACUAGAGCGCAACAAGACGAAAGAACAACUGGAGGAGGAGAAGAAAAUCUCGUUGAGCAUUCGUAUCAAACCCUUGGAAAUCGAUGGUUUGUCCAUUGAAAAGCUCCGGUCCAAAGCCAACGAACUCUGGGACACCAUAGUUAAGCUGGAAACUGAGAAAUACGAUCUUGAAGAGCGACAGAAACGCCAGGACUAUGACCUUAAAGAAUUAAAGGAACGUCAGAAGCAACAAUUGAGGCACAAGGCCUUGAAGAAGGGUCUUGAUCCUGAAGCCCUUACCGGCAAAUACCCUCCCAAGAUCCAAGUCGCCUCCAAAUACGAACGCCGUGUGGAUACCAGGUCUUACGACGAUAAGAAGAAGCUGUUCGAGGGUGGAUUGACCGAACAGCAGAAGGAGAUCAUAGAGAAGCAAUGGGCUCAACAAAAGCAACAAUUCCUCGGUCGUCAAAAGACGAAGUUGCCGAAAUGGUUCGGCGAGAGGCCAGGCAAGAAACCCGGAGACCCCGAGUCACCGGAAGGCGAAGAAGACGUGAAGGCUGCGGCUGAAGACGAAGAACUUGAAGAGCCACAAUUCGAUGAGGAAGAAGAAGAGGAGGAGGAAGAGGAGGAGGAGGAGGAGGAAGAAGGUGAGAAGAAGGGCGAAGGUGAGGGUGAAGAAGAGGAAGAAGAGGAGGAAGAGGAGGAGGAGGAAGAGGAAGAGGAGGAAGAAGAAGAAGAAGAGGAAGAAGAAGAAUAGAUUCUACUUCCGUUAAAUUGGCACCUAACCACAGAUUCAAUCGAUCGAUCAUCAAGCAAUCUUGAAACAUCCUUCGUACCAUCGAACGUACAUAUAUGUAUAGUCGUGGCGACAGUAGAGACCAACAAUGGCUCGCCAUUGUACCAGAAUCUCGUCGUUAUAGUUGGCUGUUCGUUUCGAGUUUUACGCGACAUCGAAAUGGUUACGAAGGGCAGAAGAAACCGGAUGUCCGUGUCUCUUUAAGGUUUCUCCGCGAACAAGCAAAUCUAUAAUGGCGAGCAUUCCGGCUGGUUAAAACAAGCUGUUACCAUUUCUCGGCUGUUCAACCACUGCUAUUAAUACUUCUACUACUACUACUCUACUACUUCUAUUGCUACUACUAUUAUUAUUAUUAUUAUUAUUAUUAUUAUUAUAUUGUACAAAAUACACGCACACACAUUAUUAAAAUAAAACGGUUUAUCGUAUAAGAUUUCGCGAGGAAUCCACCUAUCUUUAUCCCUAGGAGAUAAUCCUUGAUUUGUUACGUGUAUAAAAUGUUAAUCUUGAUUGUAAAUUAAGAGGACCCGAUUGCAAAAGAACAGUUUUCGAAGUAAAGACGUUAACGGUGUUUUUAUUCGUUAUUGAAACUCUACUUACCGAUUAUCUUGUUUGAUUUUCUUACUUCCGCUCUUCUGGACGAUUUUAUUAACAAUAAAGUGGGAUAUUGUAAGAA